UGUAUAAACCUUUCAACAAACUCUUUCAGAUUCUCACAGAAAACAAUUUGAUUGCAGAGAAAAAGAGAAUCGGAUAAUGGAUUCACAAGCGCAGUUGCAGCGUGCUCAUGGUCAUCAUCAUCAAGCAGAGGAACCAAUCAAGAUUCACCAUCCAGAGGAAGAAGGGCAGAAAGGACCAUCAAAAGUUAUAAAGAAAGUGAAGGAAAAGGCAAAGAAGAUAAAGAAUGUUCUUACUAAACAUGGACAUGGUCAUGGUCAUGAUGAACAUGAUCGUGGAAAACAGCAACACAUCCCCGACGAUCACGAUCUAGACGAGGAAGAUACUGAAGAUUACGACGUAGGCCAACAAGUUCAUGGUGGUGCACCAGCACGAGGAAAAGCUCAUCAUAGUAGUCAUGAUCCGAUGAAGGAGGAGUUAGUUCCUCCAGGGACAAAGGCUUUCCCAGUCGUGUCCACCACUUCCCACACUAAAGUCUCUGAGCCAAGCAGAGGUUUUGAACCAUUGCGAGCCCCCAAUGCCUCUCACGGCCAUGGAGCUCUGCCUCAUCCUGUAAGACCCUCCGGUGGUGUGUCGGAGAAAGUAGAAAAAAGAAUAGGCGUUUCUACGAUGACACCGCAAAACACUCCCGUGUCUCUACUCUCUUCAACAGAAGAUGUCACUAGGACGUUUGUUCCAGGUGAACAUCGUAGAGACAGAGGAUUGGAGGAAGACCAGUCUGCUCCAGGUAAAGGGAUGUCGAAUUAUCAGUCCAAAGUCACUGAUCCCACCGGAAAAGCUGGUGGGGAAGUUGGAGCAGCGCAGACUAUCGCGGCUCUCGCGAGGCUGAAAGGAACAGGUGGUGAUGAUGAUCAACUAGGUCAUGGAAGAGAUCUGCCUGAGAGAAGACACGGGUUUGAGAGAGAACAUGACUUAGAUGCGAAGUCAGGAGCUGCUUUUGGUAAAGACUUUCCGACAGGAACUCAAACUAAACAGAACCCUGAACGUUUUGAACAACAGAGGGGAGGUCAGCCGGAUCAGAGCAGCUACACCGACAAGAUCGCAUCAGUGACUUCAGUCGUGGCGGAUAAAGCUGCUGCUGCCAAGAACGCCGUAGCUUCGAAGCUCGGAUACUCCGAGGAAGGUGGGAACCAUAGCCACGAGAGCCGCUUAGGAGCUGAAACUCCGAGCUCCGGGGAAGGAUACGGGAGCAAGGUUUACGAGAAGGUCAAAGAGACGGGAGCUAACGUGAUGACGAAGUUACCCUUGACCCAUCAAGGCCAGGACAAGGGCGUCUCUGCAAAAGAAUACGUAGCGGAGAAACUGAGUCCAGGGGAGGAAGACAAGGCUUUGUCGGAAGUGGUCGCCGAGAAACUUCAUCUCUCGGCGGCUCCCAAGAAGGGGACAGUGACGCAAUCUAAGGAGGUGGAGGAAAGGCUAGGGGGAUUCCCCGAUGAGAAUUCGGAAGGAGCGAUCAAAUACGGUGAAAGGUAUGCAGAGGAAGGCGAAGGAGGGAUGGUGGAUAAGCUGAAAGGAGCUGUUACUUCGUGGAUCUCCGGUACGACGGAGGAAGUGACGCAAAAGUCUACAGAGUCUGUUCAAGACUCUUCACAGUCUGUUGGCGCCACUAUUGGGAAUAUGGGAUUUUCCGGUUCGGGAGCAGAGGGAGCGGGUCAACGCAGCGGUGAGAAGCGGGGGUCUGUGCCUGUGCAGAAGAAGUUCCAAGAAAAUUGAGAUUUGCUUCGCUUUCAAAAUGUGUGGGGUGUGUUCAUGCUUUUCUAUCACAAUGUGUUUCUGGUUUGAUCCAUGUCUUCUUUAAUAUGGUACAAGUUUCUGGGUUCAUAAUGCAAAACUACUCACUUUCAAUAAAAAAUGCGUCGACAGCAGGGUUCGAACCUGCGCGGGCGAAGCCCAACAGAUUUCAAGUCUGUCUCCUUAACCACUCGGACAUAUCGACUUCGUGUGAAAAUGCAUCCUUGAUCAAUUAAGGAUAUUUUCAUGUCGUUGGAAAAUGGUUACAGCGUAGUUCUGUUUCUUAUUUGAGAAGUUUUCUUCUUUUUGAAAGUUUCUUUCUUAUUCGAGAAGUUGCACAAGUUAGCUUUGCUUUGAGACGUUAUCACAAACAAGCUAUAGAUGGUUUCAACUUUCAACC